AUGGAGCCCGCGGCGAUGGACCGCAUCGCCGCCCGCCUCUCCGCCGUCGACGGCCUCUACUUCCCCACGGCCUUCCUCCGCACCUCGCCGCCGCCGGAGACGCGCAAGUCCGCCCUGCUCGACCUCCUCUCCCGCGACGCGCCGCUCUUCCUCGAGCGGUACGGCGCCGCGCUGCGCCCCGACGAGCUGCCCCCCUUCGACGCGCUCCGGGACGACUACGAGGUGGGCUGGCACCUCCGCCGCCUGCGCGCCGCGGCCGCCGGGGAGACCCCCGGCCCCGCGCGCGUGCGCAACCGGCGCCGCGCCUACCUCCACCGCCUGGUGACCCAGGGGGACUACUUCUCCGAGGAGGCGAUGCGGGAGCGGGAGCCGUACCUGCACCACGAGUACCUCGGCCGGUUCCAGGACCCCUUCGGGCGGGCCAUGGUGCGGCCCGGGGAGAAGUUCUCCGAGACGCUGAUGCGGCGGGCCGAGGAGGCCGUCAUCGUGGAGAAGAUCCGCGGGGAGCAGAUCAGGAGAGGGGUUGACCCCAGCGAGUGGGUCGGCGGUCCCGUUGAGCGGCCGAUGAUGGGGCAAGAGGAAGAGGAGGAGGAGGAGGAAGAGGAAGAAGAGGAGGAAGAAGAAGAGGAUGAAGAGAAUAUCGGCAUGGAGGAGAACACCGAGGCUGAGGUGGUUGCACACGACGAGGCUAGUGGGUGCCCCAACGAGCCUGCAGGCCCCCCUGCAGGGACUUUCAAGCCAAUAUUAUCCCCCGAGGAGAUGGAAGAUCAGCUGGAGCAGUUCACCUCGGUGAUGCAGGAGAAGUUCCUGUCGGGCCAAGACUCGGAGCACAUGGACUACCCCCAGAUCGACAACGACGAGAUGCUGGACGACCACUGGUCCAGAGAGGCCAACUACGACGCGGAGGACAAGUACUUCAACGAAGAUUAGGACGGUCCAAAAACUCGGUAGUCUGCUGCUAUUUAAGUUGCAUACCCGGUAAGCGGCGUCGGCCAUGUUUAAUAGACCCUGUAGUGCUGUUUGUUCGCAGCAUGUAAAUAUAUGACGCAACCGUGUAUGUGUUGGACACAGACACAGAGUUUACACAACCCAUGAGGUGUGAUGAGCUCUAUCUGAGGUAUACUAGUAUCAGGCAGUAGGCUAAUCCGUCUGGUUCUAUGUUGCUGCCGUUUAUAGAGCUGGUGUUUUUUGACCUUUC